AUGCGACCCUUACGUGCAACUGCAACGUCGCGAAUGCUCGCGUCCGCCUUGCUGUGGACUUUGGCGCCCAUUUCCAGAGCGCAAGAUGUCAUCUAUGUCACUGAUCUUUAUGUUACUGCAUUGAUGCACUGGACACGGCGACGAGAGAUACUGACCACUUGCAAGGCCCCAUGCGCCGCAUCCGCAGUCUCCCAGAAUAUCGCGCGACAAAUCCUCAGCAAGAACUGUCCCGACAACGAGCAGGGUCUACAAUCAUGCAUCUGCAAUUCCCAAUUCGCGAUUGUCUCGUCAGGGAUGUCGGCCACCGUCAGCACUCGAUGCGGCUCCUCCGCGACGGAUGAUCAGGCCUCGGCCUCGACUGUCCUCAGCGCGUACUACAAUCAGAAUGUCAAAGUGGCAUUCCCGAUGCCGGCCAACCCGGUCUCUUCGUACAUUCAUGAAUACCCCGCGAUCAGUGAUCUUGCACCUUGUGCAUCGAGCGGCUUGUCCGUGGUGAUGAAUGCACAGACUUACAUGCUCUGCCCUCCAAACCCGACAGCGCUGGCCCCAUGUGCUUGCGAAAAGAACCGUAACUCUGCGUUCAUCUCCUCCAGCAUCGCACAGUCCGUCGCCGCCCUCUGCUCCUCCAACCCGGCAGACGUCUCCUCGGCACAGGCCCUGUUCGCCGGCUACUGCGCCCUCAACGCCGGCACCACCACCACCAUGCCCGUCGCCUCCAGCCCGCCCGGCGACAUGUCCUACUACAUCACUGACCUGCCGCAGUACUCGUCGCUCGCCUCCUGCGCCCAGCGGGCUAUCUUCCAGGCCGUGUCCUACCAGACCUACGCGCUGUGCCGCGACAGCGGGCCCCAGGCGCUUGCGUCGUGCGUGUGUCUCAAGACGAGUAUGCAGCGAUUCGUAUCGAGCGCCGUCGUAUCGAGCGCACGCUUCUUUUGCAGCUCGGGCGUGCAGGACAGCGUCGAGUCCGCCGGCGCCGUGCUCGAUUUCUACUGCCGCGCGGCGAGCGCCGAGGCCACGGCCACGGGCAUCGUGGUGAGUUCCUCUGCCUCGGCGCCCGGCGCGUCGCGAAGCGGCUCCAUGCGGUCCACCGUCACGGCGACGCAGGCACCCGGCGGUUUGGAACGUGGCGCGCGAGGGCCGAGCGCGGGCAUUAUUGCGGGCGCUGUUGUUGGCGGCGUCGCUGGCUUAGUCCUCGGGGCUUUGUGCGUGUUUUGCGUCAUGCGUCACGCGCGGCGCAGAGCCGGAGCUGGCCGGCCUCUGCAGACUCAGGAGCAGCGUGGCUCGGAAAUCAGCAGGUGCAGUCGACCAAGAGAUCUCUCCAGCGUGGCGGCAGUUGCUGGCUGCAGUAAUGGAGCCGCCAGUCAUGAUAUCAUUGAUGCGCCUCCACCGUAUGACGCAGGCCCAAAUGCAUCGCCUCGUGCUAAGAAGUGA